GUCCCUCGUCGUCUUGACAACGGGCCUGGUGUUCAUCCAAGGACCUGUUGCCCCCAACCUCUGUGCGAAGCGCUGGGGCGAGGGGCGCAGAGAGGGGGGCUUGGAGGGCUUGGAUGGACCACUGCAUCUGCAGGACACCCCAGCCGGGCCAGGACGGGUUUGCGAGCUCUUGCAGAGCCAUGGUGAGUAAGAAGAAAGAAAUCCCACUGCAAGUUACCAUCAAUAAUCAGGAACUUUGGGAGGAAAUGCUCUGUUCAAAAGGACUGACAGUUGUUGAUGUCUAUCAGAGGUGGUGUGGGCCAUGCAAAACGGUAGUGAGCCUCUUCAAGAAAAUAAAAAACGAACUCGGAGAUGACCUUCUGCAUUUUGCCGUGGCAGAAGCAGACUGCAUUGCUGCCCUAGAAAAAUACCGAGGAAAGUGUGAACCCACUUUUCUAUUCUAUGCUGGUGGAGAAUUAGUAACUGUUGUAAGAGGAGCAAAUGCACCGGUAUUACAGAGGACAAUUGUGGACCAGCUAGGAGCAGAAAAGAAGGUUUUGGAUCAAGAAGCUGAACGAAAAGUGAUUAAAGAUGAAGCUCUCUGGGACAAAAAAGAAACCGUUCUCGACGACCGAGAUUUUGGGGAACAAGAUGAAGCAGUUUCAUGUGAAAAAUCUUGUACGCUAGCAAUUAUUAAACCAGAUGCUAUCGCUCAUGGAAAAAUGGAUGAGAUUAUCACAAAGAUCCAGGAAGCUGGAUUUGCCAUUUUGGCUCAUGAAGAAAGAAUCAUGACAGAGUCAGAAGCAAAAGAAUUUUACCAACACAAAGCUAAGGAGGAAACAUUUGAAAAGCUGGUAGAGUUCAUGUCCAGUGGACCGUGCCAUCUGCUGAUAAUCUCCAAACCGGAAUGUGAUGAAGAUGUGGUAACUGCCUGGAGAGACUUCAUUGGGCCAAGCGAAAUUGAAAUUGCUAAGAGAGAACACCCUGGAAGUCUCCGGGCCCAGUAUGGCACAGAAAUGCCAUUUAAUGCAGUCCACGGCAGUGAGAACCAAGAACAGGCCGCUAAGGAGCUUGCAUAUUUUUUCCCCGGUUUUAAAGUUUCAGAUGAGACUGCAGAAACAAAACAGAGGAAGACACCCCAGAGAACUUUGGCUUUGAUUAGACCUGGAAUCUUAAAAGACAAGAAAGAGGAAAUCCUUCAGAAUAUUAAGGAAGCUGGAUUUUUCAUUGCCCUGCAGAAAGAGACGACACUGACAGAACGGGAAGUACAAGAAUUCUACAGUGAACAGGUGACCCAAGAUCACUACCCGCUUCUUCUUCAGCAGAUGACCAGCGGGCCCGUGCUGGCCCUGGCAUUGAUGAGCGAGGAGGCGGUGGAGCAUUGGAAGGCAUUGCUGGGACCUUGGGAUCUGACAGAGGCCCUCAGCCAGACGCCACAGAGUUUCAGGGCCCGAUUUUCCCUCGAAGACGUGCCGAUAAAUCAAAUCCACGGCAGCUCAACUCCAGAAGAGGCUCAGAGAGAGAUCUCUUUCUUCUUCUCCGAAGAACGCUUCCUCCCAACCGUUCAGCCCGGUUCCCUGGACGAGCCCAGAGGGGUCGAACCUGCUCUUUAGUGUCAUACGAGUGAACUUUUAACCGGUAGAAAACCCAAGGGCUCAGUGCUGGAGGUAGAAGAACUGGGAGGAGUCGAAGUACGACAGCCACUUAGACAUUCAAAAGACGUAUUCUGUCUUAUUUUUUAAGCUAUUUAGUAAUAGAGACGCCUCGGUAA